AUGGACGGUCUGACGGACGGAGACGGCAUGGGCUUUGAAAUGCCCAUGAUGAUGAACCAACAGCCACCUCUCUUCGACGCCUACGAUGGCAACCAGGUUCCGCUUUCAAGUUCAAUUUACCCUGACGACUCGGCAUUGGGCCCGGGAGACGAAUCGAACGAUGCGAAGAGACGAAGAAUUGCAAGGGCAUGCGACAUGUGCAGGAAGAAAAAGAUCAAGUGCGACGGCAAAAUGCCCAAGUGCUCUCACUGUAUCAACUAUAAAACAGACUGCGUCUUUACGCAGGUGGAAAAGAAGCGAAACCCUCCUAAGGGAGCGAAAUACAUUGAGGGAUUGGAGAAUAGAUUGGGCCGCAUGGAGUCACUCCUGAGACUAUCAGGGCUACUGUCCGAGGAAGACAAUGGAAAGACAGAUCUAGGCACGCUGGAAAAGCGACUUGCUGAUCGAACAAGCGCCUUGGAAUCUGCGAGAAAUUCAAACAAGUUCCCUGCCUCGAAUACAACCCAGCAAGCGCCGGCCUCUCUCACUAGCACCCCCCAUAUAGGCUCCCACUCCAGUCCCCGCACCGCUACCACAUCCCCCGAGUCACAAAAGGAUUCAGAGACAGAAGUGGAAGCUCUGUCUGACAUGAUGUGUUCGUUGGUAACGAAUAAUUGUGGCGAGACCCGGUACAUCGGUUCUUCGUCUGGAUUCUCAAUAUUUUCUCCGAAGGGUAUUCAAUGGGUCAAUGAGAAGACGGGAGAUACUUCAUUUCAAGAUAUGAUCUCGUCGGCAUACGUGGAUGACAAUAAAUGGAUGUACUGGAAGCCAGAGAUUUUCAGUGAUAUUUUUGCCCGUCGCGUCUUCAAGCCGCUCCCUCCGAAGGAAGAGGCCCUUUCUCUGUUUAAGGAUUUCUUCGAAAAUUUCAAUUGCAUGUUUCCACUGUUCCACGAAGCAACUUUCAUGCAUCUAGUACAACAGCAGUACUCUCGCGACCCAUACGAGGGUUCUGGGUGGUGGGCCAGCAUCAACGUUGUGCUAGCUAUUUCUCAUCGCCUCCGCGUGAUGAGUAACCUAGUGCCUCAUGAAGAAGACAAGAAGGCGUGGCUCUAUCUGAAGAAUGCCAUGGGCGUUCUGACCGAAUUGACCAUGCGUAACACUGAUCUCUUGAGUGUACAGGCACUCUUAGGAAUGUCACUUUUCCUCCAGGGAACCCCUAACCCCCAACCUGCUUUCUUCUUAGUGGCUGCAGCAAUUCGUCUUUCUCAUAGCAUUGGUCUUCAUAAGCGAGGCUCAAGCUUUGGUUUGAACCUCGUGGAAGUAGAGCAAAGGAAGCGAGUAUUUUGGAUUGCGUAUUAUCUCGACAAAGAUAUAUGCCUCCGAUCUGGGCGGCCACCUGUACAAGAUGAUGAUGAUAUGAACGUCCAACUACCGAGCGAAGAUCCUCCAGACAACGUUGGAAACGUCCCACUAACGGAUGGGAAGGGAAAAUUCAACCUCUUUAGAUCUCUCUGUGAAUUCGCCACAAUUGAGAGCAGAGUAUACAAGCGACUUUACUCUGCAAAGGCAUCCAGGCAAUCUGACGGUGAAUUGCUCAACACCAUCGGAGAGCUUGACAAGGAGCUUGAAGAUUGGAAAGACGCCAUCCCCAUUGAUUUUCGACCUGAGCAUGAAAUCCAAGCCACGCAUGGCCCUCUCCUUAUCCACGUUGUUGUUCUUCAUUUCGCAUACUAUAACUGUCUCACCACAAUCCACCGCAUGUCUGUCCACCACGGAUACUGGACCAGCCGCUUGUCAAACUACGCAAUCCAAGGCUUGAAUGCACGACCAUUAAAUCCUAGGGUCUUCCUUUCGGCUGUUUUGUCCGUGACUGCUGCAAGAGCAUCCAUCAAUCUGAUCAAGUAUAUCCCUCAGGGAGACUUCGCUUGUGUUUGGUUAAUUCUCUACUAUCCAGUAUCUGCUUUGGUUACGCUAUUUGCCAAUAUCCUGCAGAAUCCAAAUGAUGCCCGUGCUCGCUCUGACGUCAAGCUGAUGAAUGUGGUGGUCAAUUUCCUAUCUACCCUAGUCUCUGAUGAAUCCAACGGAAGCAUCAAGCGGAUGCUUGCCCUCUGUGGUGAAUUUGAGAGAAUUGCCAAGGUCGUUCUUGAUAAGGCUGAGAGGGAGUCUCAUGCCCGCAAGAAGCGGAAGACAGCACCAGAAGACUCAGAACCACGAGAAACGAAUAACGGAAAGCCUGCCCCCUCAUCAUCCACAAAUUCCUCUCGCCCAACCAACGCGCCAAAUUCAUUUUCGCCUUCCACAUUCGCCAAUGAUCAAAGCAAUUCACCUAGACUCAAACGCUUUGGCGGGGAUCAUAUGCCCUCCGCCGAUAUCCACAACGAUUUUCAACACAAUAUCCAUGGCAUGACUGGACAAGAAUUCUCGAACAUGCUGGGCUCCAGUCCUAUGGCCAACGUCGGAUACGUUGACCAGCCAUAUGCACCUACGAGCCCGAAUCCAUUGGGAACUCCGUUUCAACAGCCGUUUGUUCCACAGGAUCUGUGGCAAAUGCCCAUGACAAUUGAGUGGGAUUGGGCAGAUAUGGCAACUAAUUUUCCUAUAUUUAGUGGAGGGUACAUGAAUGGCAUGCCUCCUCCGCAAUAG